AUGAAGCGCAAGGACGAAGUUUCCGAGGAGCAUCCGCCUGCCAAAGUGAGCAAAGACGACGAGGACGAAAGCUCUCAAGCUCCAGAAUCUUUGGAAGAAAAGCUCGCCGAGCCCGUUAUCAAGCCAGAUGAAGCUGGCGAGAUCCAGUCUGCGGAGCCGGUGGUCGAAGAGCCAGAUGAGAAGGCGUUUCCUGAGGCGAACCCAGAAGAAGACGGCAAGAAAGACGAGAACCCUGCGCAAGAAUCUCCAGCUAUUGAGGAGGUGGAGAAACAAGACUCACCAAAAGUCGGAGACCCGAAGUUGGGCGACGCAAGUGCUCCUCCCCAAGAAGAAGAAGAAGCAGAAUCUCAAGAACACCACGAGACUAACGGCAAAUCGGAUGCUGCUGAAGAUGCGGAAGAGAAGAAGGAUGACGCUGCUGCGGAGUUGAAGAAAGGAGCUGCUGCUCCAGAAGCUGCUGAGCCCGAGAAGGAAGCUAACGGAGAAGGUGCGGCUGAGCCUGAAAUCGAAGUCUAA